AAAAUUUGUCAUGUUGGCUGCGCAUCUUUUUGACAGAAGAAGUUAGGUUAGAUACGUGGCCGAAGAAUUUAAAGUAAAUCUCAAGAAAUGUGUUCAAAACUGCUAAUCUCCAUUCUCCUCUUGUACACAAGUUCAACAUCGGCUUAUUUCAUCACCGUGGACGCCCACGCCGAGGAAUGUUUCUUCGACAAAGUUGAAGCUGGCACAAAAAUGGGCUUGACUUUCGAGAUAGCCGAAGGGGGCUUCCUCGACAUCGACGUCCGGAUCGUGGGCCCCGACGAGAAAGUCAUCUACCAGGGCGAGCGCGAAACUUCGGGGAAAUACACAUUUUCGGCGCACACCGCCGGCACUUACACUUACUGUUUUUCGAAUAAAAUGUCGACAAUGACGCCCAAAGUGGUCAUGUUUAAUAUGGCCAUCGGGGAAGGCCCCAAAGCCGAGCACCAAGAGGGCGAGUCGACGAACAAGCUGGAGGAUAUGAUACGGGAAUUGAGCGCUUCGUUGACGGGAGUCAAACAAGAACAGGAGUAUAUGCAAGUCAGGGAUCGCAUUCACAGGAGUAUUAACGAAAAUACGAAUUCAAGAGUGGUCAUGUGGUCGUUUUUUGAAGCCCUCAUUCUGAUCGCAAUGACGCUUGGACAGGUUUACUACCUAAAGAGGUUCUUUGAGGUGCGGAGAGUCGUCUAAGACACUUUUUGUUGUGAAUUUUUGUAAAUUAAUAUUUAAUAAGGAUUUUUAAUAAGAAAAUGCCACAAAAUCCAA